AUCUGCUUGCAAGAUGGCGGCGUCUAUCAGGAAGUGAAGGAAACAACUGAAAAUAAAAGUUGGACCAAAUUCCUUGUUUUGGUCCAUUUAAAGCAAUAAUUCGAUUGAAAACAUAACUGCGAACGGAUCUUGUAUUCAGAGUAAGAAACACAUUCGUGGGGAUGGAGUGGGCCUUGGUAUAAGCUCUGUAGGACACAGCUAGCAUACGUACGUGAAGGUCAAAGGUCAUGUGUCAGCCUGCAACCUGAUGCCCAGCCUCCCAUCACCCUCACCGGCCAUGGACGGGGAGAACUACCUGCACCCAGAGGGGCCACAGCUGGACAGCAGCAUUUUCGAAGUUGCCUCUUCCAAUAUGGAGAGUUAUCUGUAUCCCUCUGGUUCCUGGGCAUCAUUUUCACAGCAGUCUGGAGGCUACAACGCACACUGCCCUAUGCAAUCUGGAAACCAGCAAUACCACUUGAAUGCUCCCAUGCCCGAUUUGGACAUGUUCAGCCAUUCAGGGUUCCAUGACGAUUUCCUCAACCUCCCCAGGAACGGAGACUUCCCUCAGAGCCUGUCCUGCAUCGAUGACCUCUCCAACUCUCUGUUCUCCUCUCCGGCCGACUCGCUGUCAGACUACACCGAUGCCCAGGCCUUCAUCCCCACAGAUAACCUGGCCCACGUGCCCACGAUAUGGGACAUAAACACACCAGCACAGAGCCAGCUGGAGCUGAAUGCCAACAGGUUUCAGGAUUUGAACAGUUUGGAGGAUAUCGCUGCCAUUAUCAGCACCCCACCUUUGGGAGGAUACCAGCAGACUCAGAGAAACCAGACUCCGGCAGAAGAGGAGGCAGAGGAGGAGGAGGAAGAGACAGAGGAGCUGGGACAUGUAGACACCUACGCUGACUACAAACCAUCCAAAUCCACCAUAGGGAUCUCCCACCCAGACAUAGUGGUGGAGACCAACACGCUGUCCAGUGUCCCUCCACCUGACAUCACCUACACUCUGUCCAUUCCUGACUCCACCAUCAACUGUGGCCUGCUCUCUGCCCUGCAGCUGGAGGCCAUCAUAUACGCAUGCCAGCAACACGAGGUAAUUCUGCAGAACAACCAGAGAGCAGGCUUCCUGAUAGGAGACGGGGCCGGAGUAGGGAAAGGCCGCACAGUGGCCGGCAUCAUCCUGGAGAAUUACCUAAACGGGAGGAAGAAAGCGCUAUGGUUUAGUGUAUCCAAUGACCUGAAAUACGACGCAGAGAGAGAUCUGAAAGACAUAGAUGCUCCCACCAUUCCUGUGCAUGCCUUAAACAAGAUAAAGUAUGGAGACACAGCUACCUCAGAAGGAGUCCUGUUUGCGACAUACUCUGCACUGAUCGGGGAGAGCCAAGCAGGUGGGCAGCACCGCACCAGACUCAAGCAGAUCCUGGACUGGUGCAAGCCCGGCUUUGAUGGAGUUAUUGUGUUUGACGAAUGCCACAAGGCCAAGAAUGCUACGUCCACCAAGAUGGGCAAGGCCGUGCUGGACCUGCAGCACAACCUGCCGCUGGCCAGGGUGGUUUACGCCAGUGCCACAGGUGCCUCUGAGCCAAAGAACAUGAUCUAUAUGAGCCGCCUGGGGAUCUGGGGCGAGGGCACGCCCUUCAAGACCUUUGACGACUUCCUGCACGCCAUCGAGAAGAGGGGUGUAGGCGCGAUGGAGAUUGUUGCCAUGGACAUGAAGGUGAGUGGGAUGUACAUCGCCCGGCAACUGAGCUUCUCAGGGGUGUCCUUCCGCAUUGAGGAGAUCGGUCUGGACGACGACUUCAAACUGGUCUACAACAAAGCUGCCAAACUGUGGGCGGAGGCGCUGGCCGUGUUCAUGCGUGCAGCGGACGCGCUGUGUCUGGUCAGCAGGAAGUCCCUGUGGGGUCAGUUCUGGUCUUCCCACCAACGCUUCUUCAAAUACCUCUGCAUCGCCGCCAAGGUUCGCUGCCUGGUGGAGCUGGCCAAGAAAGAACUGAAAGCUGGCAAGUGCAUCGUGAUUGGUCUACAGUCCACAGGAGAGGCCCGAACCAGAGAGGUCCUGGAUGAGAACGAUGGGCACCUGGACAGAUUCGUAUCUGCAGCAGAGGGUGUGUUCAAAGCUCUGGUACAGAAACACUUUCCCUCCGAGAAGCAGAGGAGAGAGAAGGCACGUGGAAACAAGAGAAAACGUAAGCCCAGGGGCCGGCAGCCCAAAUUCCCAAAGCACACCAUGGUUCAUCUGGGGGGUGUGAUCAACAUCAGUGACGACAGCAGCACAGACACGGACGGCAUGGACACCGACUCCAACUCCUCGCCAGACUCCCUGAUGGACAAUAACGAUGACGUCAUCUUCGUCCAGCACACCAGCUGUCACACAGCCAGUAUAGAGAAGAUGAAGCAGAGCCUCCUGAACAAGAUCGCUGACCUGGGAAAGGAACUACCUCUGAACACUCUGGACGAGCUCAUUGACCAGUUUGGAGGACCAGAGAUGGUAUCGGAGAUGACGGGUCGUAAGGGUCGCGUGGUGCGGCGUCCUGACGGAAGCGUGCGCUACGAGUCGCGUGCAGAGCAGAGCCAUACCAUAGACCACAUCAACCUCAAGGAGAAGGACCGCUUCAUGUGUGGAGAGAAGAUGGUGGCCAUCAUCUCAGAGGCAGCCAGCUCGGGCAUCUCCUUGCAGGCAGACAAGCGGGUGAAGAACCAGCGUCGGAGGGUCCACAUAACCCUAGAGCUGCCCUGGAGUGCAGACAGAGCCAUCCAGCAGUUUGGUCGUACCCAUCGCUCUAACCAGGUGACGGCUCCAGAGUACAUCUUCCUCAUCUCUGAGCUGGCCGGGGAAAGACGCUUCGCCUCCAUUGUGGCCAAGAGACUGGAGAGCCUGGGUGCAUUGACCCACGGUGACAGGAGAGCCACAGAGUCCAGAGACCUGAGCAAAUACAACUUUGAAAACAAGUACGGUACCAAGGCUCUGGAUAAGAUCACGAAAGCCAUCCUGGGCCACAUCGAGAGCAAGGUGUCCCCUCCCAAAGGUUACCCCGGGGGUGAUGCUCUGUUCUUCAGAGACAUGAAGCAUGGCAUGAUGGACGUGGGUAUCUUCUGCAAGGAGCCACGGUUUGGUCUCAGCACUGAGAAAGACUGCAGCAUCACCAAGUUCCUCAACAGGAUCCUGGGCCUGGAGGUCCACAAGCAGAACUCUCUGUUCCAGUACUUCACCGACAACUUUGACUACCUGAUCGAGAAGGACAAAAAGGAGGGCAAAUACGACAUGGGAAUCCUAGAUCUGGCCCCAGGUAAUGAUGAAAUCUACGAGGAGAAGCAAGAGACCUUCAUGACAGUGGGAAACCCCCAGGACGGACAGGUCGUGCUCUACAAGAUCAGCGUGGACAGAGGUAUGCCCUGGGAGGAGGCCUAUGAGAAGGUCCAGAACCUCAACAGUCCUGACGAGGGCUUCUACCUCUCACACAAGUUGCGGGGGAACCACCCGUGUGUGCUGCUGGCGGAGCAGGGUCGAGGGAGGAACUUCAUCGUCUACAAGCCCAACAUCGGGAAGCAGGCCCACCCAGAGAGCCUGGACAACCUGCAGCUACGCUACCGCAAGGUGACUCCAGAACAAGCCAAGGACAGCUGGGAGAGCCAGUUCAACUUCUCCUUUGGGAAAUGUAGCCAUGCUAACUGGAACGGGAAGUGUAAGAAGAUCGAGGAGGGUCAGGAGUGUCUGCAGGGAAUGCGUCUGCGCCAGUACCACAUGCUGUGUGGUGCGCUACUGCGCGUCUGGAAGUAUGUGGCUGACGUGGUCUCUGACAUCACCUGCUCCAGCAUCCUUCAGAUCGUACGCCUCAAAACCAAAAAUAGUAACAAGCAAGUCGGUAUCAAGAUCCCAGAGAACUGUGUGGCCCGAGUGCGGCAGGAACUUCUCAAAAUGGACGAGGAGGUGAAGAGAAGGCGCAAGGAGAAGGAGCAGCAGCGCGCCCAGGAGCAGCAGCGCGCCCAGGAGCAGCAGCGCGCCCAGGAGCAGCGGCUAGCCCAGGAGCAGCAGCUUCAGAACCAACACCUGCUGGCCAAGCUUUACAACCAGAGACAGACCCUGAACCACAGCUUCAACAACCAGAACUUGUCGCAGGGCCUCAAGACCCAGCACCUGAGCCUGGCCCAGGCCAAUCCUCUACAGGUCAAGCCUCUACUCCAGCCCAAACCUUCACAGCUCAAACCCCAGCUCGGUCCAGUCAACCAGCUCCCCAGCAUGGCCAGCCCCACCUCCCACUUCUCCAAUUUCCCCCACCACUUCCCCUCCCUGCACCUCCUGCAGCCCGACCCCUCCUCCUCCAUGCCCCCUCGGACCGGGGAGGAGGUCUUAGACCUGACGGUGAGCCCCUCUCCCUCCCCAGACAGCAAAGAGAGAGGCCUGGUCCUCGACUGCCUGACCAGAGACGGCUUUGGCCUGGACUCUCUGAUAUUGCUGAGCGAGCUCGCCGCCCAGAACACUGCACACAAACUGCAGCAACCUCUACAGCCACUGCCACCACUGACAAAGCCACAGCAGCUACUGUCGCCACAGCAGAUACAGCUACAGUCGCCACAGCAGAUACAACCACAGCUACAGUCGCCACAGCAGAUACAUCCACAGCUACAGUCGCCACAGCAGAUACAAACACAGCUACAGUCGCCACAGCAGAUACAGCUACAGUCGCCACAGCAGAUACAACCACAGCUACAGUCGCCACAGCAGAUACAGCUACAGUCGCCACAGCAGAUACAACCACAGCUACAGUCACCACAGCAGAUACAACCACAGCUACAGUUGCCACAGCAGAUACAACCACAGCUGCAGUCGCCACAGCAGAUACAACCACAGCUGCAGUCGCCACAGCAGAUACAACCACAGCUGCAGUCGCCACAGCAGAUACAACCACAGCAACGGUUGGACAGUCCGACUCUAAUCAACAGCGACCACCAGGACUACUAUGACAUUCUCAAACUGCUGGAAGAUCCAGACCAUCUGCCUUACUCUCUGUCUAGCCAGACAACUACUAACCCCUCCACUUCCUCCAACACAGUGGCUCAAGUCUCGUCCGGCCUCCUCUCUACCCCCUCCUCCUCUCUCUUCUCUCCUUCGGCACUGGCCCCCUCAGAACAGCAACCGCUCCCUCUGGCCAACGGCCACUGCAGCACGGACGCCCUCAUUAAUGUGCGCGAAGUGCUGGACAACAUGCUGCGGACCAGCGCAGACCGGCAGACGGUUAUCCAUUACCGGCUGCCUGAAUGGGACUCUGUGUAACCACAUCAUCAGUGUGGCUGUCUGAAUGGGACUCUGUGUAACCACAUCAUCAGUGUGGCUGUCUGAAUGGGACUCUGUGUAACCACAUCAUCAGUGUGGCUGUCUGAAUGGGACUCUGUCUUGUCAGUGUGGCUGUCUGAAUGGGACUCUGUGUAAGCACCUC